CAAGAACUGGAUUUACUCUAUGAAAACUCAUGUAUUCAUUAUUUUCUCACUUCUUUUGCUACACCUUCAUUCUGCAACUAACAACCAAGUGGUAGCACUGGGAGCAGCAGAUGGUGAUAGCAUCAUCAAUAACAAGUGCAUCGAUAGUGAAAGACAAGCUCUCCUUGAAUUCAAAUCUCGCCUUCAAGACCCCGAUGGCCUUAUUUCUAAGUGGAGAGUUGAAGAAGAGCAAGACUGCUGUAAAUGGAGUGGAGUCACAUGCAACGACACAACGGGUCAUGUCAAACAACUAACUUUAAAGUCAUACAAUUUGGGCGAAAGUUCUCUUCAAGGUGAGAUUAGUUCUUCAUUGCUUAACUUAACCUAUUUGCAAACAUUUAGAAUUGGAUGUCCAGGGAGAUGUGUGAUUGAAGACGCUGACUGGUUGACACAUCUUUCUCAAUUACAAGAACUUGAUUUGGAAGGAAUUUUCCUGGCUAAAGCAACUAACUGGGAAGAUGUAAUUCAUAGUCUGCAAAAGCUAUCGUUUUUAAGCUUAACAAAAUGUGACCUCUCUCAGGUCAUGUAUUCUGGUAAUUCUUCUUCAUUUGUCAACUCUUCGUCAUCAUCUAUUGUUGGACUUUAUCUUGUAAACAACAAUCUCAACUCAUCCAUGUUCAGUUGGUUGUUCCCACUAACUAGCCAUAGGCUUGAAUAUCUCGAUCUUUCUGAAAACGGGUUCGAUGGUGUGCCUGAAUAUCUUGGAAACCUUUGUGGUUUAACAUCAUUAAAAUUCUAUGACAACUCUGUCUCUAUCAGAUUUUCUGAUUUUCUGAAGAGCUUAUCUGGAUGCACAUCAGCCUCGUUAGAAUAUUUGUUUGCUCCAAAUAGUCAACUCACAGGGCCAUGGUCUGAUUUGAUCCAAAACUUCUCAUCUCUAAAAUGGCUGUACCUAUAUCAAAAUAACUUAAAUGGAACUAUAAGUGAGAAAAUAUGGGAGCUACCCAUGCUUGAAACUUUUGAAGUUUUCUCCAAUAAUCUUGGGGGUGCUAUGUCUGAAAACAUUGGCAAGUCAAAGAUUUUCACUCUGAAUCUUUCAAACAACUCACUCAACGGAGUCCCUGUUCAUUCGGAAGAACACAUGUCAAACAUUUCGUAUGUAGUGUUUCUUGAUUUGAGCUCUUGCAAGCUCGGGCCUCGCUUCCCUAUGUGGAUCAAAAACCUUAAAAACCUUACCCAUAUUGAUAUUGCCAAUACUAGAAUAUCAGACAAAAUUCCUCUGAACUUUUGGGACAUGUGGCCUUAUCAAUUAAGAUAUUUGAAUCUCUCUUCUAACAACAUAAGUGGAAACAUACCAGACUUAUUAUCAAACUUCGAUAACUAUUCAGUAAUAGAUAUGAGUUCCAACAGCUUUAAUGGUCCAAUACCUGAUGUUUCUCCUACUUUGAAGUUAUUAAAUCUUUCUGGAAACAGACUCUAUGGAGGUAUCUCUUUUGUGUGCCAAAUUGUAGGUGGGAUUUUAGAAUUCCUUGAUCUUUCAGAUAACUUUCUAACUGGGCAAAUUCCAGACUGUUUGUGGCACUUCAAAGAGCUAAAGGUUCUUAAUCUAGGACACAACAAUCUGACUGGAAGGCUACCUGCCUCUGUUGAAUCAUUGUUCAAACUACAGGUGUUGUAUUUAUAUAAAAACAACUUUUUUGGAGAAGUGCCUUCGUUUCUAAAGAACUGCACGGAUUUAAUCUAUCUUAAUUUGGGAGGAAACAAAUUUUCUGGUAAUGUGCCUGUUUGGAUUGGAGAAAACCUAUCUAGGUUGUACGUUCUUAGCCUAAAAUCAAACAAUUUUUCUGGAACCAUUCCUUUACAGUUAUGCCGCUUGGUAAAUCUUCAACUUCUAGAUUUGUCAUUGAACAAUCUUUAUGGAACCAUCCCCUCGUGCGUUAAUAACCUCACUACCAUGGUUCAGAUAGGACUUGUACCAACACAAGUUGAGCAUCAUUUUUCAAUUCCAUGGUUUGUUCCAAGAAGUGCCCAUACAAAUUACAUCGACCAUGUGUACAUCGACCAUGCAACGAUCGAGUGGCAAGGAAAUGUACGUGUAUUCAGCAGCAAUCUUGGAUUACUGAGAAGCAUCGAUCUGUCAAGCAACAAUCUAACAGGACAAUUCCCAUAUGAAAUUACCAACCUUUAUGGACUGCUUGCAUUGAACUUGUCAAAGAACGCACUACAUGGAGAAAUUCCACGAGAAGUUGGUCAGAUGAAAAAACUUUUAACUUUGGAUUUGUCAAACAACGUUUUUUCAGGAGGGAUACCAACAAGCAUGUCUCAAAUGACUUCAUUAAAUUACUUAGACGUGUCAUUCAAUAAUUUAACUGGGAGAAUUCCAUCCAGCACUCAGCUACAGUCCUUUGAUCCUUCGAGAUACAAUGGAAAUGCAGGACUAUGUGGACCUCCCGUCACAAAAAAUUGUAUCGGAGAUAAAGAACUAGAGGCGCCACCCCACGUCGAUGAGAGUGAAGGUGAAGGAGGUGGGAUAGACGAACUGCAGAGAUGGUUUUAUAUUGGUGUGGGCACUGGUUUUGCAACUGGUUUUUCAAUAGCAUGUGGCACUUUAGUUCUCAACCAUAAAUGGAGACGUGCUUUUUUUCAUCUACUUAAUUUCUUGAAAAAUUGGGUUUAUGUAAAGGUGGCGGUGUUCAUUGCAAAACUGCAAAGGGGCGCACGUCCAUAGUUAGUAUUUCAUGCUUCUAGACUCUAGUUAGUAUUUCAUG